ACUAUAAUCUUUUUACUAUGCCAUUAUAGUUCAUACAUUUUUCUCUCAGUGUAGCGCUUCAAGAUCCACAUCUGCAAACUGAUCUGCGCAAUUUUAGAAUUUGUCCGGACUCUUUAUGGAUGUCGGUGAGCGCGAUCAAAUAUCUGUCCGGGUCUCACAGACCCAACAUUGUACGCGGAGGGUUAAUUACGCGCAUCGGUACGUGAUCCUCGACGCGGCGAUCGACGCGCGAUACACAAGUCGGGUCGCGUGUAAGAGUAUACGGGCAGGAAAGUGUGAGGCUUACGUGAAUAUGCGCGAUGAUGUUCCACGCUUGUUACAUAAUGAUAGACUAAUCUACCAUCGGAGAUAAUGUCCGUCCGAUAGCCGCAGAUUCCCGAUGCCACAUGUAUACGCACACACGGCAUCGCACGCACGCACGCACAUGAAUAUGUGUAACGCAUGAUCGCGACGCGCCGCGACCGAUCGUGGAUCGGCCAAUUUCUAAGCCGCCGGAUUCAUCACUCGCGCGGCGCGCACCGUGAAAGGUUGUACGGUCGGAUUGAGCAAUGAGAGGUGAUUUUUUACGCGCGCAACGGGUUUUGAAAUAAGCAACCUGACGAUGGGACGAGCACAAAGAAAGUCGCUGGAAGAUAGAAAAAAGAAGGCAGUUGAGCCACCGUAUGUUAUUCUCUUUUCUUCCUCUCUAUCUCUCUCUCUCUCUCUUUCUCUUUGUAGAAUGGAAUUCCACAGGCGGUCUUAUACCUAUUACUCGGCUGGGCUUUCGGACAGUAUUCCUCCUAAAAUUCGUAACUCACACACAGUAGAUGAAUUUAAGACCGACUUUUAUUCAUUCUCGCCUGAACACGACGGUGCUGAUUGAAAUAGAGCGGGUUGAAUAUUGUAAAUUAAGGAGAUGAAAAUGAUUUUCAUUAAACAAGUAUGAUUUUAUACUGGUUUUUGUUUAUUUCGUUAGUUUAUUUACGCAUUCAUUCUUUCGCAUCAAUUAAUAUGCAAAUUAUAAAUCAUCCUCAAUAAUUUAUAUUAUUUGCUUUUAUAUUUAUGUUACAUUUCUGUAAUCUGUACAUUUGAGGGGAUGAUAUCCCAGAGCGCACAAUAAAUGAAGCUCUCUCUCUCUCUUCCUCUGUCGUACAUUGGACUUGUCUGUGGUGAGAUUUAAGCGACAUGUAAUCCCGGCGAUAUAAUCCGUGAUAUAUAUUUUUCUAUGUACGUGUAUAUAUAUAUAUAGGGUGUCCUAGUUCUCGCGACUUUAAUUUAUACUGACGGAUCCUCUGAGCAAUUUAGAGUCAAUUUCUCCUCAUCGAAAGCGAAAGCGUCGAGGCGCCAACAGUUUCUGAGAUACAAGGGAUCGUAAAGUAGAGCUUUUCGCAAACUAAAUGACCAAACGACAACUAAACGACUAAAACGCAAACUAAAAGAUGACUAACAAAAUAGUGCUCCUCUGUCAGUUUCAAGUGGACUUUAACAGAAUUUUUUUUCAAGCCUCAGUCAGAAGUAUACGUUGUAUCGAAAAUUGAAAAGUCGCCACACACGAAUGAUCUCCCUUAAAAUUUUCGACGAGCGAGAAUUAAUUCUAAAUUGCUCAGAGAAGCUGUCGGUAUAAAUUAAAGUCGCGAGAACUAGGACACCCUGUACAAAACAGGCGGACAAAUUAAAUGGAGCGCUGACGCGCGCGCGGAUGGGAUUCUCACCGUUUUCGCGGAGCGAUUAAACGACGCGACGGGGAGGAAGGAAAGGGGAGGACGAGUUUCGCAUUUAGCACGACGCGAACCGUGUCCGUGAUAGACAAGAACCGCGGUCAACGAGCGAUUAUGACAAGCAGAUUAAUUGCCACGCCACGAUAAACUUGGUAUUUCUAAUGUACGACUUAUCGCACUUAAACGAGUCGGACGGCUUAGCCGUGUAUGCGCGUCGUCGAUUAACACAAAUCCAUCCGAUAUUCACUCGCACCUAUCGCGUCUCGGUAUUUAUUGAACAAUAAAUAUGACCGCGAGUUGAGGAGUGCCUUUACCGGGGUAGUAGUGUGCGAGGGGGGAAACUUCCAUUUUUAACACGUCGUUCGUUACAGCUUAGCCGUAGGGCAAGCGGCGAUCGCAAGCGCGAGACUCUCUCGCAGUGAGAAUAUCAAAUACAAUAAAUAUCCGCGAGUCGGCGCGGGCUAAGUUACGUUCCCCGUCGUAGAUAUAUUUCAAUAGCUCGCGUCGAGCUCGGAGAAUUCGCUAACUCCCUCGGAGGGACAGCACAUGAAACAACACUUACACGUCUGAACGUCUCCACGAGAUAAAAGUCGACAAGUCGAAAAGGGUGUGCUCUCUCGAACUCUCCCCCAAUUUCUCGCCCGAAUCUCCGCUCUCGUGAAAUAUGAAUCGAGACACCAACGUGCAAGCGCGGCGUACGAAUCUCUAUAUCUCGUCCGAUACAAAAAUUCGUACGCCGAAGGAGAAGUUUGAUAAAGAGAAUUAUCUAAUAGAAAAGCGACCUCUUCCUAGCCAGUGAAUUAGUCUUUUGCUUACUGGCUAGUUUCUAGACAGUAAAGUUAAUUUUUAAUCAAUUUUUCAUCAGCUUUUUAUUAGCUUUUAACUAAACUUUUUUUGUAUAAAAUUCCGUCAGGCAGUUUACAUUGUUCAAUUUUACAUUGUGAAAUAUACUAUAUUUUGUUAUUCAAUAUAAAAAUAGCGUAAAACUCGUGCUGGAGAGAGUAAAGUCUUUUCACGUGCAAAUUCAUUCGUUAUUAAGAUAAUCGCAGCCAACUUUAUUUUUAAUUUUUUUCUUCUCUAGUUUCUGUGUAUAGUCAAUAUUUUGAAAGUAUCAGUCAGUAUUUUACUAGACAAAAAAACUGUCCAACAUGUAUUAACCAUAUUUUAUUGCUCAUUUUCUAAACAAUUACUGUCUAAUAAAUCUCAGCCAAUAAAGACUGCUCCGUUUCGGGCAAGUGAGAAUUUUUCUCGGAAAUAUUCUGCUUUGGGCAAGUGUCAAAGUGUCUCAUGCUGUCGCAGAAAUGGCAGACCCGAGGACAGUUUAUUAAAUUAUUCAGUUGAAUAGAAGUCGAGGCAGAUCGACAAUCUUUCGGCCGAUAUUCGACACGGGUUCAACCAAGGAGAGCGUCUUUCACCCGGAGGAGAAUUUCGUCGCGGCUUGAAAAUCGCUCAGGAAUCGUGCUCGAGUCGCGCGAGUCUUCGUUGCCCUUUACGCGCUGCCCGGCGAUCACGCCGACGGUGGGAAUCAACUCUCGGAUGGAAAAAAAAAUUUCGCCAUCGCGAAAUCACGAAAUUCGUGGGCGUGCCGCCUUUCGUUCGUCCGUUUUGAUGUGCACGCGCGAAAAAUCAUCUCCCGCGUGUCGUCGCGUGCUACAGCACUGCGCGUGUAUAUCUGCGCGUGCGAUACGUAUGUACUAACCGUAGAAAGGCAAGGCCUUGAUAUUUCGUAUAAUAAGCUUUGAGAAUUAUCUCCUCGGGAUUGGUGCACAGGCCUGGUUUCAACUCCCGGUAUCUGCCUUGCUUGCCUGCCUGCCUGCCUGCCCGUUUCUCGGCGCUCUCGCGGACAAAAGUGGUAUCCCGCGGAUACAACGCCCGGGCUGUGGCGGCGACACAACACGCACAAACGGAGAGGAGGUCACGCCACCCGUAAAGCCGACGGCGUAAAAACGCCACCGGGAAAAAGAGCGAAGGAGAGAAAACGGAAGGGAAAGAAUCGUCGAUCGAGAACCCGCUCGUAUAUAUACGCGACUAAUUAUACACGGCCGCGGAUCGAAAAGGAACAGACGAGAUAUCCCGUCGGGGCUCUCUUCGCCGCGUUUAAUUGCGUUGCGCGCGCGCGAGUGCUAAUCUCCGCCGAUAUGUAGCGAUGUUCGUAAGGGCGAAUCGACCGCUGAUCGUCGAUUAAUCGUCAGGGUGAAUCGACAGUUCCGCUGCUCGCGCUGGGACAACCGUGGAUAAUGCUUUGACAUUUUAUCAAACUGCGCAAUCACGUUACGGGCUGAUAAAAGUAUAGAGAUCUGCAAAUACCGGCGCGAAAAUGCACACAUCUCGUCUCAUAAAUUCGAAUUGAGAUUUGGUUUCUACAUUAAUCCUGCAAAUAUCGUUGAUAUUUGAAAGAUCAACGAGAAAAAUCUUGAUACCACACAAGUUAUUGCUUUGUCUGGAUAUACUGCAGAUGUUUACUCGCUGCACUGAGACAAAAUACUCCAAGAUUUAUUUGUAGACUGUAAUGUUUAUUUUCGCGAAUAAACCUUAUAUCUGACAAGCAAAUUUUCGAGAAUUUUGUUUUCUCAAUGCGUAGUCCGUUCAGAUUUGACGAAACAUUCUUUUUUACUCUCUCUCUCGCAGCAAUUGUAUCUAAUAUAUUUUAUUUUUUAUAUAUUAUAUUAAUAUGUAAUUUUUCAUUACAUCAAUAUUCCAUCUCCAUUUAAUCAUGUAAUUUUUAACUGCAAUAUGCAAAUAAUAUAACUUUCUCAAUUAAAUAGAGUAUGUGAAAUAAGCGGAUAUUAAAUAAUUAAUUAUGAGGUGUUAUAAGUGAUGUUUGAAGAUUCGUUAUUAAUAACUCUGUUAUAAUUUUUUUCUUCGUUGUCGUUGGAAAUUGUAUUUAGUGUUUUAAGAGAGAUGAAAAGAAGAAAUUUCAGCUCUUGAAAUAGCUGACUAAGAGAGAAUUGAAAGGCAAAAAUAAUAGUCGCGUAUUCAGUGCUGCGCAUUUUGCAUAUAAAUUAAAUCUGGAUUCGGUAUAAUAACAAGUCUAACCAGAGAAAAAACAUGAGCAAAGCGUGAGAAAAAAAUAUUUGGUACCUUGAACCAAGGUAAAAUUCGCGACACAAACAGCAUUAAAUACGCAAAAAUCGACCUUUGCGAGAUUUACACUAGAUACUCAAACCGGUACUCAUAGUUACAAACUAUUUACGAUUUUGUAUCGAGAACAUAAUUAAUUACAUCCGUAAACCGUCAUUCAGCUGUUUGAAUCAACCUUUUUCGUUGUAUAAAAUACUUCCUGGCACAUACGGACAAAUAACCAAAGAUUUACGAAGCUACAAUUAUUUAAUCAAGUAAUAAACUAUGAAUGCCAGCUUGAUUUUCGACUCGUUCCGCUAAUUCCGAUAACUUCGUCAAACGCGUGUUAAAAUUACAAAAUCUACGUAACGAAUUUCACAUACCUGGAAAAUGUGCCGCGGAAAUGUACUGCGAGUUCUGGCUCCCCGAUUCAGCAUCCUGCUCUUGGCUCGCUGUUUCGUCACGGACACUCUGGACAUUCACAAGCGACAGCAGACAACACUCGCGCGAGAUACGAUUCGAUGGGAGAUACUCGACGUUAAUUAACGCGACGAGACCUCCCAGCAAGAGUCGACGAAAUAUUUUCAUCGGCCGACGUGGAAUAAUAAUUAACGCGAAACGACACUACCGCGUUACGUACGGACCACUCGCCGCUUCGUGAUGUAAUAUACAACGCGCGGAGAUAACACUGAGCGUCGCGAGAGUCGCGUGUAUACGUUGUUUUUGUUAGCGCGCAUUGUUUUGACCUCCCAGCUUGCUCAUCGUCGCGAGCGGCGCGGCAGAGGGAGCUCAGCCCUUUGUGCCUGCCGAGUGUGUGUCGAGCCGGCGAGCGACGCGCACGCGUGUCGAUACGUUUGAUUCCCGAUUUCCGUCGUGCGAUCGGAGUAUCCGGUGGGUACACUUCACCGGGCUCUCGUCGCGGCGUCGCGAUAAUUAAACGCGCGUUUCUCCGAUCGAGUCGUCGUCCGCGUCCGAGCGAGUGUCAAGUGUGACUUGAGUGAUUGUCCGGGGUGCCACGAUGGAGGAGCGCAGCCGGGCGGAGGGUGCCGGAGGGUCGGCGAGCCAGGACGGAGGACGCAGGAGGGCCACGCGUGGCCAGCGAUACGUAUAUAAUUUCCAAUGUGGCUCCCUGGAGAUCGGCGAGGAACGCCAGCGUCGGGUCGCUAUGAUGGAGUCGCUCUGCCAGGUGAACGGCAGUAAAACCAACGGCAUCAGUAAUGGCGGUCUCAACGAGGCCAACAACAAUAACAACAACAACAACAACAACAUCAACAAUAACAAUAACAACAACAGCAGCAGCAACGCCAGCGACUGUGCCGAUCCGCAGCAGAGGCUGGCGGUGUUGAGCUUCGAGCAGGUGCGCCGUCUGAACGAUGUGAUGAACGAGGUCGUGAGCAUCCACGGCCGGGGCAACUUUCCCACCUUGGAGGUCAGAUUGAGGGACCUCGUGACGGUGGUGCGUAGCAAGCUGGAGACCGAUCCGAGCAACGGAGGCGCUGGCAUGAGGGUACGCGACAUCCGACUGAACGGCGGCGCCGCCUCUCACGUGCUGGCCACCGAGUCCCAGCCUUACAACGACCUGGACCUUAUCUUCGCGGUGGAGCUGUCCAGCGGCCGCAACUACGACAAGGUCAAGGCCGCGGUGCUCGGCUCCUUGUUCGACUUGCUGCCGGAGGGCGUGAGCCGCAAGCGCAUCACCACGUGCAGCUUGAAGGAGGCCUACGUGAGCAAGAUGGUGAAGGUGAACAACGACGGCGACCGGUGGUCCCUGAUCUCCCUCGGUAACUCCCGGGGCCACAGGAACGUCGAGCUCAAGUUCGUCGACUCGAUGAGGCGGCAGUUCGAGUUCUCGGUCGACUCGUUCCAGAUCGUCCUCGACUCCCUGCUGCUGUUCUACGAGUGCAGCAAGUUACCGAUCGGCGAGAAUUUCUACCCCACGGUGGUGGGCGAGUCCGUGUACGGUGACUUUCAGGAGGCGCUUUAUCACCUGCACAAGAAGCUCAUCUCGACGAGGCACCCCGAGGAGAUACGCGGCGGCGGCCUGCUCAAGUACUGCAAUCUGCUCGUGAAAAUGUACAAACCGUCGCAGCCGGACUACAUCAAGACCCUCGAGCGGUACAUGUGCUCGAGAUUCUUCAUCGACUUCCCGGACAUAGGGCAGCAGCGCGCCAAACUCGAGAACUACCUGUGGAAUCACUUCGUCGGACCCGAGGAGGAGACUCUCAAGUACCAGUACCUGAUGUUGCUGCACAGCGUCGUCGAGGAGUCCACCGUGUGCCUGAUGGGCCACGAGCGACGGCAGACGCUCGCCCUGAUCGAGAACCUCGCGUAUCAGGUGCUCUGCCAGGAGCAGCAGCAACGGCUGACGAGUCAUCAGCAGGCGCCUCAGGCGCCGCCAACCACCUACGUCUACGCCAACGGCUACUACUAUACGCCCGUCAUACCCGCGGCGUGCUACACGUGCACCUGCAACUGGAUGGCGUGCUCGUCGUGAUGCGACGGCAUCGACGCCGUGGAAGCCGCCGUCGCCGCUACCGCCGCUAUCGUCACCACCAAUACCACCGCCGCCGCAACCAUUACCACCACCACCACCACCACUACCACUAUCACCACCACCGCCACCACUACAAGUACCACCACUUACAACAACAACAACAACACCUCCACCAACGUCACUACCACCACCGAAAUAGGAGCUACCAGGAGAAGAAAGAGAAGAGGUGGAACGAGCGUCCUCAGUUGUUGCGAGCCCAUUCACAUGGAUCCCUAUGUCCAUUGGUGUCGCAGGUACGAGUGUGGAGUGUAUUACCUUUGCGCCUACGGCCCUUGCUGCGCCCUCGAUGAACCGGCGGACGUCUGCUGCACUUGCAGUUCACCAGAGGACACCGAAAGCGCAGAGAGCGAGGAGGACGAAAGCGACGAUUCGCUCGUGUCAGACAUCGAGCGGUCCAGACUCCUUCUCAGUUGACGUUCGUCGAACUCGUCGUCGGGCUGAUCCGAGCUCGGAUACAAAGCGGGAAAAUCAUCUUCGCCGCCGAGGAUCACCGGCAGGCGGAGUAAUCGAGUCGCGGAUCGACCAUCGGGCGGCGUUCGGACGGUGAACACGUCAUGUCGACGAUAGAAGAGGGAAGCAGAGAAAGAUAGAGAGAGAGAGAGAGAGAGAGGUAGAUCAAACUCUCACCUCUCUCUCUUCUUCGUUCGCGAUUUCACAGAUGCCCCUGGUGACGGGCGCGGUAGCGACGAUCGAUGUUUAGGACCAAAAUGGUACCCGGCUGCGGUUGCGGUGAAACGACCAAAAGACUACAAGACUCCAGAAACAAUGUGUUGUGCCUAAAAAUAAAAAGAAAAAAAAGAAGGAUCGCGGAAGGAGACGCGCGGGGAAGAGACUAAGGAGGAGAGACAUAUAUAUAUAUAUAUAUAUAUAUAUAUAUAUAUAUAUAUAUACUCGUAGUCAUACACACAGACACACACACAUAUAUAUAUAUAUACAAACAGGACGGCGACACACGUUCCUCCGACGCGUCCAAACAGCGUAUGUUCAGCGAGAAACCACGGCGAAGCGAAAAAUUGCCGUCGCUUUUAAUUGACUAAGCGUGCGAGUUUUGUGGACAACCCUUCCGGGAAGAGAGCGCAAGACGACGGAUCGAGACGGGAAGGACGGAUUCUCUCGACACAAUACCGUGCGCCGAGAAGAAGACGGAAGCGACGAGGAGGGGGACACGAGAGGCGUCGGGAAGCUUCGCGACGGAAGAAAGGAACGAGAGAGAGAGAGAGAACGCGUGUGCGUCGAUAUGAAAAAAUACGGGCGACACGGGAUCACGAGAUCCCGGCUGCUUCGAAAUCGCCCGGAUUUUUUCCCUCGUUUUCUCGUCUCGCUUCUCCCGCGGAGACGAUCGCGCGCCGAUGUAUAGCAGCGAACCAGGGAGAGGGAGGAAUGACGAAAAAAAAGAGAAAGAAAACGGGGGUUUCGGCGAGGGAGGAAAGGUAAUUGUGCGAGCGCGUGGCGUCUUGCGCUACGACAAAAAAAUAUAUAAAUAUAUAUAUAUAAAAAUAUAUUUAAAUAUAUAUAUAUAGAUAUAUGUAUAAAUCUAUGUAUAAAUAAUUAAUGUGUGGCUGUGAACACAUUUCAUUUAGAUACUGUGUAUAAGGCGAUAAGAUUCCAAAUUCGAGAUGAUAAUUAUGAUUGUGAGAACGGCCGACACGGUCGAGAGAAGUGCGCGGAUCGAGAGGGAAACGCUUCCGAGCCGUAUCUUUCUUUCAUUUCAGUAGAAUCGUAGGCGAGCGUAUACACAUACACGCACAUACACACACGCGCGCAUAUAUAUAUAUAUACAUAAAGAGAAGGGAAUGUUUGAUCAGCCGCGCUUUUUCUCCUUUCUUUCUUUUUUGUUUUUAACAAAAAAAACGUCAGAUUAGCAAAAAGAAGGACGCGGUUUCGAGAAGGAGAAGAGACACUGUUUAACAUCACGGUUGUGCGACAACGCGAGAAUGAGAGCAAACAUCGAGGUAUCAUAUUUUUCGACAAAACGUAACAUUUAUACCGCGUUCACGAGCGCAGUGAGUUCAAGCGCUUCAUCUCUCUCUCGCUUCAGAGUUACCGUAAAUUGUGUUGUUUCCCACAAUGCAGUGUAUGUGCGUGUGUGUGUCAUUUAAACGAAAUUGCUACUCGUCAACGACACCCCACGCGCGAAAAGAUCAUUUCGGGUCGUGAAAUUUCUCUUCUGCAGCCUGAAACUCGCUUGACGCGUGCGCGCACGGGGGACAAUAGGAUGAGACGGCAGAGAGGGGGUGAAAGAAGGAGUCAUAGAAGACAUAGAAAGAGACAAAUGGAGACGGGGGCGGACUUGCCUCGAGACUACCCUCCUCGUUCCCUGACAAGAGCGGGAGCAGCGGAUCUAGGACGGGCAGGGAAGGGGGAAGGUAAACUCGGGGGGUGACCACACACCCCGAGAAGGUCGCUUCCGAAGAAGGACGCGAGAACGCGUUGUUAGCAUGUAACAUCACGAUCGACCGAUGUGCUGCUCCUCGUCGUGCAAUGGGCCCUCUCUCUCUCUCUCUCUUUUUUUUCCUUUGCGCGGCGGCUCUUGCAUAACUUUCUUUAUUAGAUACUGUAAUUAUUUAAAUAACCCUCGCGAGCGAGAGUGUCAGCGACGACAGCAACAACGGCGCAUUGCUUCGCGCACUCGCGAGUACUUCGGCUCUCGUUUCAAUGUUCCAGUGUGCAUCCGCGUGUGUAUAUGCGUCUUAUACAUACGCGGAGGUACCGUCAGAGAGAGAGAGAGAGAGAGAGAGAGAGAGAGAGAGAGAGAGACGUGGUCGCGGCGGCACUCUCCUUUCGGUCCAUCCGCGCACAUUUAGUGUGACAUGCGCACAUAUAUAUAUAUACACGUGUACACGCGCAUUAUUACGUACGCAUUUGCUCCUCUAUCUUGUCCUGUCCCUCUCCCCAUCUGUCACUCUCUUCCUUUACCAUUCUUUCUGCUUCUUUCGUUAUUAUUCUGUACUCCCGCGCGUAUGUGUGUUGUGUCUGUGUGUGUGUAUGUGUGCGCGUGCGUGCGUGCGUGCGUGUGUCUCAGUUUACGUGCGUAUCCGUAUCGACUGGUGACCCCGUUAGUUAGCUCGCUCGCUAACAGGCCUCGUUCGCCUCGCUCGCUCACUCUUACUUUCAGUUCUCGAGCGAAAGUAAAGGCCUAAUAAAAAGCCCGCAAACUGGUUUUUCAGGUAUAUCGCGCGUUAAUGCUAAGGAGAUCCAGCCGCUGGCGCAGCCGGAGUGCCUCUAUUGCCGGCCUAUCGCCUAUCGCUCUACUACUACUACUACUACUACUACUACUACCACUACCAUCACCACCACCACCGCUGUUCCCCCGCCGUUUCCUCCCCCUCAACCUUCCUGGACGCCCCUCGUAUCUCUCGCCAAGCUCUGACGCUCGAUCGCGCCGCGACAACCUAUUCCGCGGCCCUCGUCUCGCCUCGCUUCGCCUCGUCUCACCUCAACUCGCGAGUUUCCGCAAACGCGAACUUCUACGAGCAUCUCUUCUCCACGGCUACGACGGUCGAUGCACGAGCGUUGAUCUAUAGGAUGCUCGAGAAUCGUCGUCGUCGUCGUCGUGACGAAUUUCCGCGGUUCGAUUCGGCGCUUGAUAAAAUAUCCCGAGUAGAACACGCCGCGUUAUUAACGUAGAACGAAGGAAUGAGAGAAAGAGAAAAAUAUGUACGAUAGAAAUGGUUAAUACCGUUGUGCGAACGAUCGAUUCCCGCGACGAGAAAGGGAGGUCGUUGAUGCCAGAAAUCUGUAUUUCAAUUUAACCGCACCGCGAUUCACGAUCGUCAAAAACGUUUCAGAACUUUGAUGCUGGAAGCCGGGAAAGUCUCUCUCGGCGGGGACAUGCUCCUCCUCUCCCGGUAUUUUCUGUUGCCGCGAAAAUACGCGCAGCAUUUGCGUCGCGAGAGAGGCGUAUCGUGCCACAUCGCCCAUCGAUAUUUUCGUUGUUUUCCUAUUCGCUAUCUCGUUGUGUUGUCGCUGUUGUUAUUAUUAAAAACCCGUUAUUA